AUGUUGGGCGCCAUGUUCCGGGGUCCCCAACCGGCCCUCCUGGACAGCUGCGGGAACUACUUCAUCGACCGUGAUGGCAAGACUUUCCGUCACAUCCUGAACUUCCUCCGGUUCGGCCGCCUGGACCUUCCGGAGGGCUACACCGAGCUCUCCCUGCUGCGGGCCGAAGCGGACUUCUACCAGAUCCGUCCGCUCCUGGAACAACUGCGGCGGGUCGAGGCAGAGCGAUGGCGCCAGAGGAGCAACGCGGUGCUCCAUGCCGAUGUGGAUGUGACCCAGCGCCGGCUGCAUUUCAACGUGCGCCGCGGACCCCAAAACUAUGAGCUCAGCUCUUGCAUCGUGGAGAUCUUCACCGCGAACGUCUUCUGCACCGACCGGCACUUCCUGGCUGUACUGCGUAGGCAUCUGGGCCGCCUUGAGUGUGUCAACGGGAAUUUGGACGAAGGGUCUUCUGACGGACAGCCGGACCCGUCACGGAAAGGAUCAGGUCUUCCCAAAACUCAGCCAACCCUCCGGGAAGGCGAAGGAAGGAAGAGGUGGUCUACUAAUGGCGACCGGAGAAUUUGUCCGGAUGACUCCUCGGACGAAGACACGGAGACGGAUGACGAGACGCCGGACGGUUCUCCGGGAAGGUCCCGCGUAGAAGCCACCACGUGCCACCAUCUGUGCUUGGAGUGGGCCCCGUGGCCGGCCGCACUGCCCGCCGCGGAGUACGCCAAACAGAAGUUCCGCCGGCUACGGGUGGACGGGCGAGAGAUCAGCUCCUCCAACCAAUUCCUGGAAGAGGUCCUGAAGGUGGCCUUGGCCCAAGGGUUCCGUGUGGAUUCGGUCUUCCCGGAUCCGGCUGAUAUCCUGAACGCUCGUUCUUUGCGUUUCGUACGACAGUGAAUCGCUCAGCCAAACGUU